AUGGGAUUUGGGGUUGUUGUAAGAGAUCAUGAAGGUUUGGUUUGUGCAGCUCUUAGUAAGACAAUGGAUGGAUGCCCAGACCCUACAACGGCGGAAGCUAUGGGUGCUUUAUGUGCGAUGGAAUUUUGUCGUGAUUUGGGGUUACAAGACUUGAUUCUGGAAGGGGAUUCGAAGGUGGUAGUUAUGGCUUUGAAGAAUACUGGUCCUAAUUGGUGUAGCUACGGGCAGGUGAUCAGUGAUAUUGUUGAAGUGGCCCAUGGUUUUCGCAGUUGGACAGUUGAGCACGUGAGCAGGGAAGACAAUUAUGCAGCUCAUAAAAUGGGUCAAAGGGCAGUCCAAGGAAGAGUGUUGUAUAGCUGCCCACAUUUUGGCAGCAAACUAGCAGAUAUGCCUUGCUGA